CUCAGAAUCUAAAAUAACAGGUUAUCUUAAGUUUACACAUACAACUAGUGAGAUAGUAAGUAACAAGUAUUAAGUAUAGUAUCUUUAAGAUAACUUCCCCCUUCCUUGUGCAAGAAAUGAUUGCAAAACUUCUGGGAGAGUGUAUCCGAUUUAUAGAUUUUAGUAUUUGGGUGGAAAGAUAUAAAUAUAUAUAUUAUGUGAUAUUUAUCGAUUUUACAAUAAUUAGUGUAUAAACACGAUUUAUAGAAGAAAAAAUGCUUUGCAACUUCAAUAUCUUUUUGGUGGGAAAGUGAAUCUAGAUAGUACGACAUAGUCGAUCGCCUACAAAAACCAAAACCGAACAGAGGAAAACGCCCACGCUGCGAUCCCCCUUCCACAAAUGACGCUUGACCGUCACUACCCUGAACACCGUAUCUACCCAAUUUUAUUGUUAAGAGUUUACGAAGAUUCUGGUAACAGGCAACAGUCAUUCCAGUGAGCAGACCAGUUUACGGUUCACACGUGUUUACAUCCCCAUAUUGUUGAAUGUGAGAAGACACUGUACACUGCAUAACGCAUGUUAUUAUUUAAUAUACAGUUUACGCAUUUUAACUGUUUUUCAAUAUUAAUUGUUUUUGAUUAUUUUAAUAAUUUUUAAAUAUAAAAUGAACUAUGUGAAUACAGAUCCGUCAAGAAUUAAUAUCGUCAAUAAAAAUCUACAAGGAAAGAAAGUGGGAAUCCAUAGAAAACAAUCGUUAAUUGAAUUGUACAAAUGCAAAACUCAAAAUGAACCCAACCUCAAACUCUCAAAAUUAAUGAGAGUAUUAUCACAAGACACUGGCAUUGGCCAUACAACAGUUAAAAAUACUGUGAGAAAAUAUUUAUAUGAACAAGGAAUAACACAAAAAAGAAUUGUACGAACGUUAUAUGAACAAAUUGGCACUUUCGAAAAAUGUAAAAUUCUCCAAAAAAUUCAUAGUUUUUGGUUUAGACAUAAAAUACCAACUUUAAAAAAUAUAUCAUUCGCCAUUAACGCUGAUCCCGGUCUUCCAUCACUAAGUGUUUGUGAAUUAAAAAAAGUGUUAAAAGACCUACAUUUUGAAUAUACACCAUGCAAUUACCGUUUGCGUGCUCUUACGGAAAAAGAAGAUAUUGUACUAUGGCGUCGAAAAUAUUUAGAAGAUAUACGGCAUUACCGAAAUGAAGGCAGGACUAUUUACUAUUUGCAAGAGACGUGGAUAAACGCUGGGGAAUAUUCAUCCAAAGAAUUAUGGACCGAUAUAGAAUCUCCGAGAAAAGACAAACAGAUAAUUGUCGUGCAUAUUGGAUCGGUCGAAGGUUUCGUGGAGGGUGGUCUGCUAUGCUAUGAAUCGAAAACAAAUACGUCUAACUACCAUGACCAUAUAAAUGGUGAAAUAUUUUACGAAUGGUUCUGUGGAAUAUUGCCUUUACUUAAGGAGAACUCCGUUAUAGUUUUUGACAAUGUGUCAUACUACUCGGUAGAAAAUCACGUCCCCACUAUUUCCUGGAAAAAGGAUUCUAUUUUAAAAUGGUUUGAAGGUAAAGGCAUUGUAUUGGAUAGGCCAAUGGUGAAGUUUCAAUUAAUUGAAAUAGUGAAGAAGACAAGACUUAUCUAUGACAACUACAGAAGAAGUGUACAAGAAGCAAUAAAUCAUAAUAAAGAUGUUCUACGUUUACCUCCUUACCACUGUCAAUUAAGUCCAAUGCAGUUAGCAUGGGAGGUUGUGGUCAGACAUGUGAAAAUUAAUAACUGCACAAGUUUUAAGCUGGACGAUGUACGUCAACUAUUAGAUGAUGGUGUUAAAUUAGUAUCGACCGAUAUGUGGGCCGGUUACGUAAAUUUGUCAAUUACGAAUGAAGACAUACUUUGGAACCUUGAUAUCAUUACUGAUAAGAUAUUGGAUGAAACUGUAACUGCAAAAAUAAAUUUAGUUACGUCUUCCGAAUCAUCAUCAGAUUGAAAUUUUAACUAAUGAUUUAUGUUGAUCACACCUACUUAUAGAAUCACAAUAUUUAUAAUUUUUUUAUAUGUUAAUAUGUAGGCUUAUUACCUAUGUUAUACUUUGCUUUUUUUGUUUGCACUUUUAUGUCUGUAUUUUUUGCAAUAUGCAUUAAUUCUUAGAAUAUUUAUGUAUAUUAUAAUAGGUAUCUAUUAUCGUUUCAACCAUUAGGGUAAAAGAUAAAUGUAAAGUAGUAAGUAGUGACAGAGGUGUAAUUAGGAAUUGGUCCUGGGGGGAUAUACAUUUUUUUACACACAAAAUAUUAAAUUUUCAAGUGCAUUGGUGAGUAUAUAGUAUAAUAUAUAAUAUUAUCGAGGCUCUGGGGGGAGGAUCUAUCCCCCUCAUUCUCCCCUUAAUUACGCCCCUGAGUAGUGAGUAUAGUAUUUAGUAUUAUAGUAAUAUUUGAAGUAUAUUAAUACUUAAAUUAGUUAUAAAUUAAGUAAUGUAUUUAUUUCAGCAUUCAUAGCAAUAUUGUUACAUUAUUUUUAUAUACAUACUUAAAACCUAUAUCUUUAUUACAUUUCUAGAAAUAAAUUAAAGCUUAAACAUACUUGGAAAAAUACUUUUCAUUUUAAAGAUUGACAAAAAUCAGAAAACCAAUAUAACUAUAUGUCCACAAAAAGCGCUCCCCCUCCUUUUGGAUAAUUCUUGAAUCUGCCACUGGCAGGCACAUUAUUUUAAAAAUCAACACCUACACGAGUUUCUUAAACGAAGUGAAAUAUACAUUUAUUUUUAAUUAUCAUUAAAAUAAUUUAAAAUUAGUGAAUUAAAUUAAAAUAAUGUAUUAAUAUAAAAUAUGUUGAUGGUCUAGUUUUCUGUAUCCUGCUGUCCAAACUUUGACCCGCGGUCCACCAGUGGCCGACGUCAGUGCAACUAUUAUAUUGGUAAUAAUGGUAAUAUAUAUAAUAGUACCAUACCAUCAUACCAUUAGACCUGGUCAAUAUACCGGCUGAUAACUUCCAGUUAAUGUUACUCUUUGAUACCUACUCGUUGGUUAUUUGUCAUUUAAUAAUAUUAUUAUUAUUUUUAAGUUGUAACGAUUCGCAGUUUACUGACUCGUCAUUUAUGUCGCACUCGGCGAAUUUGCUUAGGUAAACAGAAAACAGGAACGUAGAGUACGAGCCUAUAUAUUAUUGGCAUAGCAGCCAGUCGAGUUUUGAACCGUGAAAUAGAGACUAUACAUCAGUCUACUAUAGUCAUAUUUACAAUAUUAUUAAACGUAAUUAAUUGAUUAACUUUAAGUAUAUAAUAACGUACCUAAUAGUUAAAUUAUAAUAAUUCAAUAUUGUUCAACUCGUACUCCGCUACUCCUGUUAUCUUCAAUAUACUACCCUUAAGAACAGGGUUACUUAGGUGAUAGUGUAUUUUAUUGGUUAUAAUAUUAUAAUUAUUUUAGUCUUGAAUAAAACAUUGUAUUCGUUGCUAUAUCGUGUUAAUUGUGUUAGUCUAUGAACGCAGGUCAUAAGUUUCUAGGACCUGUAAAAUAUAACUCAGAAAACUUUAUUUAUAUCAAUUCAACAACCCGGA